AUGUGUCCAAAUCAAUCGUACUUAUCGGAAACGACAGAUUCGGAAAUUUCAUCGUCGGACAUGACCAAGAAUGACCCAACGGAAACUAUCGUGGAGAGGCAGAUAAAGACUACCCAUAAGAAGGGCAACUGCUGCAAUAAAAUUUUCAAGUAUCCGCAGAUCAAAAAAGAAAGUGAUCUGUGCUCCUGUUCGCAAUACGAAAAGCUACGGGCGUCGAAGAAGCUCGUUCACCACUCCGAGUCCCAACUAGAAAGUUCGUUCAACUCGCGCCGAUGCCCAACAGCCCACGGCAAGGGUCAAUUAUACUGCUGCACCAAGGAGUUCCAUCGGGUGGCCUCGGACUCCGACUGCAGAACAUCUAUAUACAAGAGCGAGAUACCGCGACGCUACAAGGAGCAGAAUUACAGCCAGGAUCGUGCGCGGAACCUCCGUAAUUUCAUCUCGUGCCAGGAUACUCUGAAAGCACUGCGCUCGUGUAAGAACGAGGAGUCGAAGCAGGAGAUUGGUAUAAAAGCCAAGCAGGUCAUAGAAACGAAUUUCUUCAAUGGCUUGAAGAAAAUGAACAAGAAGAAGGACAAUCAAAACUGCGGCAAUUCAAGGCGAGCGACGCAAGGACCACCCCAGGAGAAGAGGCGAAAGCGCGACAACGAAAUCGUUAAUAACUGCGACAACGAUGCCAUUUACAUUUUAUCGAGUUUAGACGGCCGACGAGAUGUAAAGUCGUCGAACGCUUCUAUUGCUACGGAUAAUAUUUCACUCGAUAAAUUUGACUCGAUGAAUGGAAAAAAUUAA